GGCAAAAGUCCUUGCGAAUGCCAAACCACCCUACGAGGACAGACAGCAAAAAAAAUUAUUUGACGAUAUCACGAUUUGUCGUAAGUCAUUUGGAAGCGUGGGGUGUACUCACAGUGGUUUCCCCCCUUCUGUCCGAAAGUGGUGACCAUGAGUGUGAGCAGCGAGAGCCACAGUGGCACGAAGACACACACGUAGCUCAAACUGUUGGGUUUGUCCAGCUUGUGCACCAGUAGGAUCUGAGAGAGAACGUUACGUCAACGCCAGACAAAUAGUUAAGCUGCUAUACCAACCCCUUCAAAAGUCACCUCAAAGGUGAGGAGCGGAACCACGAUGGUCAUCCAGCUGAUGGCCAUGGUGAUGUGAGUCCGCCGCUGCUCAGCGAUGAUGUCGAUGGAGCGGAGGAAAAGGACCGACCAGAUAAUGUAGUAGAGGACGACGAGACACAGGAAGGACAUGAGGAUCCAAAGUGGGACACACACCACCUGUGCAUGCACAAACACACCUGUGACUCUACACGAUCCUUGUACGCACCCGUACAUCAGGUCAUCUCGUGGACUCACCAGCCAAGGCCAGUCGAUGAUGCCAUCCAACUUCAGAGCGAUGAAGAUGAACUGAAGAAUGUUCACUGAGCAAAACACUUCCAACUGAGGAGGAGCGAAGAAAGUCCUUGUUAUUCCUUCAUCCUGUGUGGACUUUCUAGAUCAUUGUGCAUCGUGGUGAUGUGGCUUACUUCCAGGGAGCGGUCAUGUCGAAACCCCCAGACACAGGCAGCCACAGAGACGGGCGAAACGAAGAACAGAGGCAUGAAGACGAGGAGCCAGAAGUUUCCGUUUCCCCUUGCCACCCGGUCACACACCAACACCUCAAACAUGAGCAAGAGGACGUGGAGCCCCACAGCAAUCAGCAUGGCCUUGAACUCCACGCACGUCUCGCCUUCAGCCCUGUCAGAAAAGAGCAUGUCAUGUCUGCUCGCUCGUCCUGCAGAGACUGCCAUCCUACCUGUACUGAGGGUUGUGUGCCCACACCCCGGUGCCCACUGAGGCCCCGAUGAUGACGAGCACUUUCCACAGCCAUAUUGGCGUGAAGACGGCCCAGUAGCUCCAGUGGAUGACUCCAUCCAGCCUCAGGGACAAUAAGACAGAGAAAAGUAGCAGGCACAAGUAGAUCAGGAACUUGCUGCGGAGAGAAUACACUGAAGAUGUUGAUAACAGUACAAUUAUAAACCAACAAUAAAUAGAUUAGCCCACGAUUGUCCUUCGUAGCCUGGCUGGAACUCACAACGACGGUUGCUACUACAAAACUGUUAUUUGAUGUCAGGUCAUUUGACGACUACAGUCAGCUACGUAGCAUUUGACAUCGAUGUCGUAAUGAUAUUUCAGAUAGCUCUAAAUACAAUUUCAAAUUAUAUUUUAACUCUAUAGGGAGAUUCCCGCUGCGUUAUAUUUGGUAUUUGUUCACUCAAUAACAUACUGAUGUAUGCUUUCCAGAUAAUGAGCAAUUAGCCGCUAACGCUACUCGCUAAACCAAAGCUCGCUAGCAUUCAUUACCUUGGAUUAAAAUCUUGAAAGAGUCCUCUUAAAUUCAUGGUUCACAGAAUGUUUAUACCAUUGCCUCAUUUGGUGGCCAUCUAUUCGAGUAAGCGCGUUUAAAAAAAACAUUACAUUUUCUUGUUAGCUGUAGCUUGUUUUGUUUUUUUCCCCCUAAGGCUUCACCGGAAAUGAUGUCAAAUUGGUAUCGGAUCGACACCAAAAUUCGCCGAAUCGCCCACGUUUAGCUUGAAGUAGGAGAAGCGGGAGGAGCCGUCACGUGAGCCAAUGCGGAAGUGACGCCUGGGGGGCGCUGACAGCUUUCAGUCAUACUUUCUGCUAUUGCACAAAUUUCAUUUGUUGUCGCUGUUGUUGCGGCUCAGGAAACCACGCUGCUUUGGGGUCCGAGUGGAUGGUGAGGCUGUGAUGCAGACUACUGCUGGGACGAUGGCUGCAGCUAAGAAGAGUUGUGCCAAGACGGCGGGAGGCGUUCGCUUCUCUGAGAAAACUCCAGAGGCCGGCGCCCCGUCGCAUGUCCACUUCGAUGACAAGUUGCAUGACUCUGUCGUCAUGGUAACCUCAGAAGAUGACGGCAGCUUCCUGGUUAAGGUGGGCUUCCUGAAGACGCAGCACCGCUAUGAAAUCACAUUCACGCUGCCAGAAGUCCCGGCCCUUGGCAAGGAUGUGUGUCCAGCGCCUCUAGCGAGCCCCCACCUCCGGAUCAAUGACAUCUCGCCUGCUCCCGAGGGAGGUGUGAAAGUGACGUGCGAGUACCUGGCCCAGCAGGAGGGGGUGCUUUAUGAGGAGGUGCAGCUGCUGAGCGAGGACAACCAGGAUGUGUGUGUCAAGGUCAAAGUUCAUGCCAGAGUCAUGGACCGCCACCACGGCACGCCCAUGCUGCUGGAGGGAGUACGCUGCAUCGGGGUAGAGCUCGAGUACGACUCUGAACAGAGCGACUGGCAGGGGUUUGACUGAUUUUCACACGCACGGACACUCGCACCUUGUCUCAGUCACCCACACACGCACACACACACACACACACAGUCCAGUAUUUUUCUUUGGUUUUUCUUUGUCCGAGCUCCAUUUGACCACAAGGGGGCAGAACAUCUUUUUUGACGCGAAUUGUAGCGAGUGUGUAAUGUUUCCAUUUGACCACUUGGGGGUGCUGUAGACCGCCACAGUGCUACAUGUACAAAGUGUAGAUAUUCCUUGUAUUACUGUUUUAUUUGAAAGCCGUGCAAUGCUAAGGUCACAAAAAGGUUCAAGGUUCGCCCACAUAACACAAGUGCCUUCUUCUUGUCCUGCCAAUUUCCUCUCAUGCGGUGCAGCAACAUAAACUUUCUUACGAAGACGUUCUUCUGCCUUAAAGGAGUCGCCCUCACUUUCACGUUUCCGUUUCCUUUGUGCUUUCCUGGUGGCUGAUGUUUGUGUCAUUUGUACUCCUGUGUGCUUAGAUAUUGUUCAAGUACAUGUAUCCGUCGUGCAGUUCCUCGUGUAGGCGAUAGGUGGCAGUGUAAGAAUUAGUUGAACGUUUGAUGGCUGCAUUCUGCUCCACUGACGUUUUUUUUGUGUGACAUUAAUCUCAAUUAAUUUGAUUGUUCAAUUGAAUUUAUUAUCAUUAUGAUUCUCUUUAAUGCAGACAAAAUAAACAUUUCAUCAAUGUGGCUAUUUGAAAA